AUGGCGUUGAAGAUACAUCAAAGCUACCACCACUCGGUGGCUGUUAAGGUGAACGAGCAGCAAAUGGGGACCAAAAGAGGGUAUACAUUUAUACAAGCCAACAGGACUUGGCUUCCUAAGGUUUUGUUGAUUUGGGUCAUGGCUAUGGCACUUUUUAGUUUAACAAUAUACAAUGGCAUGGAUGCUGAUAAUCGAGUGCGGAGGAAGGAGGUGUUGAGUAGCAUGUGUGAUCAAAGGGCAAGAAUGUUGCAAGAUCAAUUCAAUGUUAGUGUGAACCAUGUUCAUGCCCUUGCCAUUCUUGUCUCCACUUUUCAUUACUAUAAGAACCCAUCUGCAAUUGACCAGGAAACCUUUGCUGAGUACACUGCCAGAACUGCUUUUGAGAGGCCACUGUUGAGUGGAGUAGCCUAUGCACAAAGAGUGGUUAAUUCAGAGAGGCAGGAAUUUGAGAGGCAACAUGGGUGGACAAUAAAGACAAUGGAGAAGGAGCCUUCACCCAUUCGAGAUGAGUAUGCACCUGUAAUAUUUUCUCAAGAGACGGUCUCCUACAUUGAGUCUCUUGAUAUGAUGUCGGGGGAGGAGGACAGAGAAAACAUACUGAGGGCUAGGGCUUCAGGGAAAGCUGUUUUGACGAGCCCCUUUAGGUUACUAGGUUCUCAUCACCUUGGUGUUGUGUUGACAUUCCCUGUUUACAAGUCUAAGCUUCCUCCAAGCCCAACAGUGGCACAGCGCAUCGAAGCAACUGCUGGAUACCUUGGUGGAGCCUUUGAUGUCGAGUCCCUUGUGGAGAAUUUACUUGGACAACUUGCUGGGAAUCAAGCAAUUUUGGUGAAUGUUUAUGACAUAACUAACUCUUCUGACCUUUUAAUCAUGUAUGGUCACCAAAAUCAAGAUGGUGACAUGUCUCUUUUGCAUGAAAGCAAGCUUGAUUUUGGAGAUCCAUUCAGAAAGCAUCUGAUGACAUGCAGGUACCAUGAGAAGGCACCCACUUCAUGGACAGCACUGACCACAGCUUUCUUAUUCUUUGUGAUCGGUUUAUUAGUUGGUUACAUCUUAUAUGGUGCAGCAAUUCAUAUUGUAAAAGUUGAGGAUGAUUUCCAUGAAAUGCAGGAGUUGAAAGUCCGGGCAGAAGCUGCUGAUGUUGCCAAAUCCCAGUUUCUAGCUACUGUAUCGCACGAAAUCAGAACGCCUAUGAAUGGCAUCCUUGGAAUGCUUGGUUUGCUACUAGAUACAGAUUUAAGUUCAACCCAGAGGGACUAUGCUCAAACUGCUCAAGUAUGUGGAAAGGCACUGAUAGCUUUGAUAAAUGAGGUGCUUGACCGGGCAAAAAUUGAAGCUGGAAAGCUAGAACUGGAAGCUGUCCCAUUUGAUAUUCGAUCCAUAGUAGAUGAUGUCCUUUCUCUAUUUUCUGAGAAGUCUAGAAACAAAGCCAUUGAGCUGGCAGUAUUUGUUUCUGACAAAGUUCCAGAAAUUGUUGUUGGCGAUCCUGGGAGAUUCAGACAGAUUAUCACAAAUCUGGUGGGGAACUCUGUUAAGUUCACUGAAAGAGGACACAUAUUCGUUAAAGUUCAUCUAUAUGAACAUGCCAAGGCCACUACUGAUACAAGAGUGGCCACUUGUUUAAAUGGUGGAUCCAAUGAAAGUGUGCUUAUAUCAGGUUCCCAAAAGUUCAAAACCUUAAGUGGUUGUGAAGCCGCAGAUGAUCCUAACAGUUGGGAUCUCUUUAAGCAUUUUUCUGAUGAAGAUUUCCGAUUUGAUGCCUCAAUAAAUGUAACGACCAGCAAUGAAGCUUCUGAGGAUGUUACUUUGAUGGUAUGUGUGGAGGAUACAGGAAUUGGCAUCCCCUUAAAAGCCCAGGGUCGUGUUUUCAUGCCCUUUGUGCAGGCAGACAGUUCAACCUCCAGACAUUAUGGAGGAACUGGAAUUGGAUUGAGUAUAAGUAAGUGUCUGGUUGAGCUCAUGGGUGGUCAAAUAAGCUUUAUUAGCCGGCCUGAGAUUGGAAGCACAUUUUCGUUCACUGCUGUUUUUGGGACAAGCAAGAAAAAUGCAUUCAACAAAAUGGAAAAACGCAAUGCUGAAGAUUUGCCUUCUGGCUUUAGAGGAUUGAAAGCAUUAGUAGUUGAUGGAAAUCCAGUGAGGGCUACUGUAACCAGAUACCAUUUGAAGAGGCUUGGUAUUCUAGCUGAAGUUGUAAGUAACCUCAAGGGGGCUGGUGGUAGCUGUGGGAAAAAUGGUUCUCUAACAUUUGGUAGUAAAAUCCAGCCAGAUAUAAUUUUAGUCGAGAAGGAUACUUGGAUUUCUGGGGAGGAUAGUGUUUCUAGCGUAUGGCAACUUGACUGGAAACAGAACAGGCAUGCAUUCAAGUUUCCUAAGAUGAUCCUUCUUGCUACCAAUAUUACCAAUUCUGAAUUUGAUAAAGCAAAGGCAGCAGGUUUUGCUGAUACCGUGAUCAUGAAACCUUUGAGAGCAAGUAUGGUGGCUGCAUGUCUUCUGCAGGUGCUGGGUAUGGGCAAGAAGAGGUCACAAGGGAAAGGCAUUCCCAAUGGGUCUUCUUUCCUUCAGAGCCUUCUCUGUGGAAAGAAAAUUCUGGUGGUUGAUGACAAUAGGGUAAACCGCAGAGUUGCUGCAGGUGCAUUAAAGAAGUUUGGAGCUGAUGUUGAGUGUGCUGAAAGUGGUAAAGAAGCACUCAAAUUGCUUCAACUACCGCACACUUUUGAUGCAUGCUUCAUGGAUAUUCAAAUGCCAGAAAUGGAUGGGUUUGAGGCAACUCGUCGUAUCCGGCAGAUGGAGAGCCAGGCAAAUGAGCAGAUGAAUGGUGAAUCCAUGGUAGAAGAAGGAACAGCUGUAAAAGGUCAGUGGCAUAUUCCAAUAUUAGCCAUGACAGCUGAUGUGAUACAUGCCACGCAUGACGAGUGCUUGAAAUGUGGGAUGGAUGGAUAUGUGUCAAAGCCUUUUGAGGAAGAAAAUCUCUAUCAGGCAGUUGCUAAGUUCUUUGACACCAAAUCCACAUUAAAGUCACAAUAG